AAGGGAAAAGCCGACGUUAAUGUACGAAACGGCAAAGACUUCACCUUGCUGCACCAGGCUAUCCUGAAAGAGGAUUCAAAGACCUCCAUUUUUCUUCUGGAUAAUGGUGUCGACAUUAAUGCCAAGACUGCUGACUACGAGACGCCUCUCCAACUGGCCAUCCACUGCCGGCUUGGCGACGUGGUGGACGCCCUCUGCACUAGAGGUGUCGACAUGUCAGCUCCCGACAGGCUGGGCAACUGCGCCUUGUGGGCGGCCUUGGACUCGGGCCAGGAGGAUAUCGCCAGCAUCCUGGUCAGACACGGGGCCGAUACGGAUUGUUGGGGGCCCGGUCCCGACGAUUGUAGACAGACGCUUCUACAUAGAGCGAUCGAUGAGAACAAGGAAUCGGCUGCUGUGUUCCUGAUCCAGGCGGGCUGCGACCUGGACUCUCCCAGGAUGCCGGGGCCCAACGGCGAAGGGGGCGAAGAGGCGAAGGACGGAUCCUCGCCCCUUCACCUCUGUUGCCAGUGGGGGUUGGAGCCUGUUGUAAGG